ACAAGGGAGAUUUGUCCUCACAGCAUCACUGCACAACUUUUCUUUCACUUCAUGCAUAUGUACGGCAAACAGGCAUGCAUCACAUCUUUUAUCAUUAGUUCGAACAGUGUGCUGUAUUAUUUAGACCGUACAGUCGGCCUACGCGGCCUUCAGAAAGAUAAAAAAAUGGGUGAAGAUAAGCGUCUUGACACAGUACAAUUAUCAACUACAGAACAAUGAUCUGUGGAAGGCUCGUCUCUGAUCAGAGUCAGAAGUCCAGGGCGUAACAACAGAGUUGCCUGGGGCAUCUUGACUCUAUCACUUCUGCAUGACCAUAAAUGCUGGAAAGACUUCCCAUCAUCUCCGAAAACUAGAAACCUCAUCAAAAUGCUGGCCAUCUUAAAGCAAUGGGAGGAGGUGUCUUACACUCUCACAGACAAUACCGAGAAAUAUUUUUUCCUCUUCCUUUUUAAGUUUGGCCUUGACACAGGUGUUUUUUAUUCAUGCACCAAGAAAGGGUACACUUACAUUUUAAGCUUGUUCAGCCUGUCCAUUGUACUAGCUGACUUACUUUUGACAUUUUUAUUGGCAACGUUGUGGUUUCUUGGAGCUGAGAGGUAUUUUGUGUCGCCAUGCUUCGUCUUGGCCAACGCCUCAGCAACAUACAGUUCACUGCCACUGCCCAUGAUGUGCCUGACUUUACUGGAUUACUGUUUAGGAGAUGACUGUUUGAGCAAGCACACAAACUCCAAGCUGCUCAGGAAUGUGGUUCUGACAUUGCUGGUUUGGCUACAAGCUGUUAUUUAUGCUUUUAGAACAGUCACUGCUGAACCAUUGGAACUAAUUCAUAAAACUGGGAUAAAAGAGAUAGUAUGCGAGGUUGAAGAGUCAACACUGAUUACAGUUUCUAAUAUGGGACUUCUCGCAGCAGCAGUUUUAAUAUUGCUGCCAUUUUGGUCCAAAAUUCCCCCGUGGGUGGAAGAGGCUGACAGGAUAUACGAAUCUAGGGAGAAGCAAGAAAACAAGAGGAGUGACCUGUCUUUCACAUCAACCUGGACAUACAGCAUGGAAACAAAAAUCAGUAAGAUUAAAGAGCUGGAGAAGAACAGCUGGUGGCGGCCGCCUCUGUGGUUUAGCCUAGUGCUGUGCUUUACUAUGUUUUGGGUGCCUUACCUUGUUAUGUUUGCUGGCUGUAUAAUCUAUGGCUUUGCAGUACCAGCCUACAUCUCUGUUAACCUUCUGUGGCUGGAGUGCAUCAAUAGUUUCCUAAUAGGUGUGGUAUUCUGGGUGAAGAGUAAGACACAAGGACAGUACAGCAAUCUACCAGAAAAUGUGUGCAUGUGGCAGAUUUACUGGCAUUUGAGCAAAGGCACAUAUGAGUCUCUACUGCCUAUGGCCACGUUUAACCAAUCAAAGGAGAAGAGAGACAAAUUACUCCAUAUGUGAAGAAGAAUACCAAACAAAUGUGCCAUGUCACAAAAUAGAUUUAUGACCAACUAUAAACAAAAACAAGAGUUUCAUCGAUAACGCCUCUUCCUACUAACCUGGAUGAGCAAAAAUGCUGCAGCUAUGACUGCACCUGUAAUAAUCUGAGAAGCUGUGCAGCAAAGUGUUGUGAAGCUUUAAUUUGUAAAUAAAACAAUAAAUUUUAUUUGUAAAUAUGCGUAAUACACAAACGGGAAAUGAUAGCGUCGGUGAAAUACUGCUGUGAUGAUUGUUUUCUAUCAUUCUUUUUAUUUUCUGUUGUAUCCAUUAUUUACUGAAUAGUUUCCAAUAAAAUAUUAAAACACA